UCUAAAAUUUUACUGUUGCACUAAAAGGCUGAAAUCCUAACCUACCUGCCAAUCUCUCUUUGUAUUGCCUUAUUAUCUUGUAUUGGCUGCACCAAACGUAGGACUCCCAUCUGAAAGAAAAGCCGAUCUCUUCCUCUUCCGGAAAUGGCGGAUGUUCAAACUGAAAAACCCCCUUCUCUUUCUGAGCAAUAUGUACUGGAGGAGAAAGAAGAGAAAUCGUCGCAUGUGGCACCAAAACCAGUGGAACCAAAAGAGGCUGAAAAUCCAGUAAAUGCUGCCUCUGGCUCUGGGGAUUAUGUAACAGAGAAAUUGGAAGAGACUCCUGCUCCAGUUGAGGGAAGCACUGAGGCUUCUCCUCCUGCUGCUGAAGAAAGCACUGAAGCCAAUCUUGCUGCUGGGGACAGUGCUGAAGGUGCUGCAGCUGAUGCAGAGGAAAGUAAUGAACCUGCUGCAGAGGAAAACUCGGGUGAUGCUGAGGCAACCCCCGAGAUAAAGUGUGGUGGUGCUAUCCAGCUUGAGACUGCUCCGGCAGAUUUUCGCUUCCCCACUACAAAUCAAACAAGGCAUUGCUUCACACGAUAUAUUGAGUACCAUCGUUGUGUAGCUGCAAAAGGAGAAGGUGCCCCAGAUUGUGAUAAGUUUGCCAAGUAUUAUCGUGCACUGUGUCCUGGAGAAUGGAUAGAUCGAUGGAACGAGCAAAGGGAGAAUGGUACUUUUCCAGGUCCUCUGUAGGUGCUAACGAAUGGCCAUCAGAAAAACCUUGUGGUGGCUUUUCUUCUGCAGUAUCAACUGCUCACCAAAGAUGGAUAUCUUGGUUGAAGACAUAAUUUUUUCUAAAAAUAUCUCAUCUAAAAGGAUAUGAGUUGAUAAGAAAAUUUGGCGUGUAUCCUAGCUAGACUAGAUCAACGGAUGAUACAAUUGUGUUGCUCAUAAAAGGAAUUUACCGCAGACGUUUUCCCAUGCUGGAACCCUGUUCUAUUUCA